ACAGAUUCUAUUUCUGGAUUGGUGGGCAUAAUUUAGCCUACUUUCCUCUUUGGUUGUACCUACCCAGCAAAUCAAAGAAUACUUCACUCAAGGGCAAAACACUACAGGAGGAACAAGGAAUUGAUCCAUUGCAUAACUCUCAACUCCACCCAAAUUCCCAUUUUUCCCCCUUUAUCCCCUGCAAUUUCUUACCCGGCUACACAUUCGGAUCCUCCAUUAACCCAUCUUUCCUCCUCCCCCUUGUAUGAUACAAUCUGAAAAUUCAACAGAAACAAUGAUCAAUAAAGCUACAGCUUUACCUAUCAAUUCCGGCCAGUUUCUUGUUUGAAUAAAAACUUCCCUCGAUUAAUCGGGUAAAACCCAACCCGAUAACCCGGAUUCUUCAUUCAAGAAAAUGGGUUUGAUGAAUCUGAAGCAGAGCUGAGUGGAUGGGGGAGUUUUUGAGGAAGAUUUUUGGGUGUCAGAGAAAUAAUGGAAAUAAUAAAUCAAUAAAAAUGUCGCCUUCUUUCAAUACUUUCUUGUUGCCAGCUCCAUUGCCUAAGUGGCCUCAAGGGCGGGGAUUUGCCACUGGGACAAUAAACCUCGGAGAGCUACAAGUUGCUGAAAUAAAGAGGUUUGAGUUUAUUUGGGGGUCUCAUCUGUCACGUGACAAAAGAAACAGUAUUUCAUUCUAUAAGCCUUUAGGCAUACCUGAAGGAUAUUUCAGCCUUGGUCAUUACUGCCAUCCAAACGACAAGCCUUUAAACGGCUAUGUUCUCGUGGCUAAGGAUUUGGUGUCACAUGAUAAUGGCUCACCAGCCCUGGUGAUGCCUGUUGACUAUAAGUUAGUCUGGAGUUCGGAUGAUGGCAUGGGGACGUCUGAUCAAUCUGGUCACUUUUGGGUGCCCAAACCCCCUUCAGGCUAUAAAGCCUUAGGCUUUGUUGUGAAAACCCAGCCUGGUAAACCUAAUCUGUCUGAAGUAAGAUGUGUCAGAGAGGAUCUUGUCGAUGAUUGUGAGACUUGUGGUGAAUUGCUUAACAUACUUUCUAAGUUCCGGAAUAUUCCUUUCAAAGUCUUCAAGACUAGGCCUCGUGAUAGAGGUAUGCUGGGAAGAGGUGUCUCUGUAGGAACUUUCUACUGUACUAGCCUGUGGACUGAAGGAGAAGAAAUCCCCAAUGUUUGUUUGAAAAACAAAGACCCGAAUUGGCUUGCAAUGCCAAAUCUCAAUCAGAUUCACGCACUGAUUCAUCACUAUGGUCCUACUGUUUUCUUCCACCCAAAUGAGGUCUACUUUCCCUCUUCUGUUUCAUGGUUCUUCGAAAAUGGAGUUCUUUUAUAUAAAGCAGGGCAGUCUACUGGUGAACCUGUUGAUGCAGAAGGCUCUAAUUUGCCUAGUGGUGGGACAAAUGACGGGGAGUAUUGGUUAGAUCUUCCUACUGAUGACCGAAAGGAAAUUCUCAAGCGUGGAAACCUUGAAAGUGCUCAACUUUAUGUUCAUGUAAAACCAGCUUUAGGUGGUACUUUCACUGAUAUGGCGAUGUGGGUAUUUUCACCUUUCAAUGGACCAGCCACUCUAAAGAUUGGACCGCGUAGUAUUGCUCUGAGCAGGACAGGAGAACAUAUUGGUGAUUGGGAACAUUUUACUCUUCGUAUAAGCAACUUCACCGGUGAACUUGAAAGCAUAUACUUCUCGCAGCAUAGCGGUGGUGUGUGGAAGAAUGCUUGUGAUUUAGAGUUCAUGGAGGGGAACCGACCUGUUGUCUAUGCUUCUAAACACGGACAUGCAUGUUACCCAUUUCCGGGAACCUAUCUUCAAGGGUCCUCAAAUCUUGGAAUUGGGAUAAGAAAUGAUUGUGCUAGAAGCAACUUCUGUUUGGAUUCUAGCACCCAUUAUCAGAUUAUUGCUGCUGAAUAUCUAGGAGAAGAUGUUACUGAGCCUUACUGGCUGCAAUAUAUGAGAGAAUGGGGACCAAAGAUUGUUUACGAUUCCAGGAAAGAGUUGGAUAAGGUGAUUAAACGGUUUCCAUUGCUGUUACGGCGUUCAGUUGCAAACUUGGUUGGCAAGUUUCCGGGGGAACUUUCUGGGCAGUCUGGACCUACUGGUCCAAAAGAGAAGAACAAUUGGUUAGGGGACGAAAGGUGGUAGUAAAACAUGUAUAGGGUAGUAUUUGUUGUAACCGUGUCCCAUCUCUAUUCUUGUCAAAACUCAUUCUAAUUAAGUUGUACCUGAUUUUAACAAGAUUUAUCUUUCAAGGCUUCAAUUUGACCUUCCCGAAGGAGGAAAGGAUCGAAGAAAGUGUGGUGAAUAUGUAAAUAGGAGUGUUUCAUAAAAAUUAUGUAUACAUAAAUUUAUAUAUUGUGAUUUAUAGACUCUGGUUUGAGCCAUUUGCGUUUC